UGCUCUGAGUGGAUUUCUCGAAAUUUCGUAUAACAUUAAAUUGUUAUUAAUUGUCUGCAAGCAGGCAAUCUAAUUGACAAGAAAUAAUGAACAAUUAAUGAAUAACGCUUGCCUUGCUGUCUCGGAGGAUUGUAACAUUUUCGGUGUCUUGUGUUUUAUUGCAUAAUACUUUGGAAAUACAGAAUGAAAAAAAAAAAUAAUUAAAAAAAAAGUGGGUACGUUAUAUAGGCCUAAAUAACCAACUUUCGUAUUUUUUAGUGAGUAAAAUAAAGGAUCUUAGGCCUAUAUAAAAGCAUCAUCAAAGUAGAAUGUAGAAAAACAAACAGAUAUACUCCAUAUAAGCACUUGUACCCUGUGAAUGUAGAAAAACAAACUAACAGAUAUACUCCAUAUAAGCACUUGUACCCUGUGUCUAUCUUAACAAGAUAACAUUUCCUUCAUUAAGUUCUCGUUAUUUAAAAAAAAAAAAGUUCUCGACUGUGGAUACUGACAGUUAGCCAGGUACGUGUUCACUACUUGUUGCCGGCCUGGUGUGGACGUCCUAAAAUGGCCUUGGAUAUCACUUGUUCCUGCUGUGGAAAACGCAACGUUAUCAAUAAUAAUUGUUUCGUUUAUCUAAGUCACUUUUUAUUUGCCUGGGGAGAUCGCAUGUGGGGGUUCGGUGUUGGACUUUUUCUAAUCAAUUUGAGCUUCGAGUCUCUUCACUUGACUGCAGCCUACGGAUUAUGCAUGAGCCUUAGUGUUUUGCUCUUUGGGGCUUUGGUUGGAGAUGUCAUCGAUAAAAUUCACAGAUUUAAAGCUGCCCAGGUGUCGCUGCUUCUACAGAAUAUUUUCAUUAUACUGUGUGCGAUUCUGAUUUAUAUCUUCUUGGCCUACACAGACCAAAUUCUGUCCGCGGGCCAGUGGAUAAGGUACGCCGCUUACGUUCUUAUUAUACUGCUUUGCGUCAUCUCGCAGCUGGCCAGCAUGGCUCGUAAGAUAGCCGUUGAGAAAGACUGGGUCGUGGAAAUGUGUGGAGAAGACCACGACAGACUAGCAACGAUGACUGCCACUUUGAGACGCAUUGACCUGUCCACUCAAAUUUUGGCGCCCCUGGCCACAGGCUUUAUCAUGGGGUACUCUGGCGUUGAGUUCGGAGCAGUUUUUAUUGGGGCGUGGACCUUUGUUUCUGUUUUUGUGGCGUAUUACCUUCUGUGGAAACUGUACAACACUGUACCAGCGCUGAAGAAACUAAAACAAGUCAGCCGUUCACAAGACAAAACAAUUGAAGAAUGUGUGGCUCUUAACCAAAUCAAUGGCAAUGAAACUGAGGAAGACGGUAACAAAACAUCGUCUGUAAGCCAUGAAAGACAAACCAAGAUCAAGUGCCAGCUGACCGGAGUAUUGACUGGUCUAAAGAGACUGUAUGUUGGAUGGCCAGUAUAUGCCAAAUACAACGUACGCAACGCUGGACUAGCCUUGGCACUUUUAUACAUGACUGUCUUAGGUUUUGAUGGUGUUACUGUAGGCUAUGCCAAAACACAAGGGGUUUCAGAACUUCUGAUUGGGAUAAUGAUGGCGCUGUCAGCAUCUUUUGGCAUUUUGGGGACAUUUCUUUACCCCUUUAUGAGAACGAGGCUUGGUUUGGCCAGAACUGGGAUUGUCGGCCUUAGUUUACAAAUCUCUUGUUUACUGUUUUGUGUUAUCUCUGUUUGGAUGCCAGGAAGCAAAUUCGAUUUGACAUCAGGUCAUUCAGUGACGACAAAGAAUGAGACGAAUUGUUCUGAAAUCCUGCCAAAUAGAAACGUGACACUGCCCUGUACUGAAGAUGUAUUGCAUGUCAGUGACAAUAUAUCCGUCUGGAUGCUUUUGGCUGGAAUCAUAACUUCGCGAUUUGGACUCUGGGUUGCAGAUCUGACUAUAAGUCAACUUUACAUGGAAUCAGUGGAAGAACUGGAAAGAGGGAAGGUCAACGGUGUCCAGAUAUCUUUGAAUCAACUCGUAGACUUGUUGAAGUAUCUCCUGGUUGUCUUGGCCCCUUACGACUAUCAGUUUGGUCUUCUUGUCUGCAUUUCCUUUAGUUGCAUAUGCCUGGCAUGGAUAUGCUAUGCUUCAUUCUUGAGAAAGACAAACGAUAUUUUGUUUUCGUGUAAAAGUAAUGUCCAAAAUGAAAGCUCAAAGCCUCAAAGGUAGCCAUAAUCAUAGCAGGCCUUAUUUUAUCUUAUCUUAUAUAAUACAGACGUUACUUCAGAAAAGAGGAUGAUUUACAUUUACAUUCCAGCCUUUAGACAUUGGCUCUGACCAAUACCUUUAUAACAAUGCAUCACUCAGUGGAAAUUUUCAUACAUGGCGAAAAAGACUAUAAAUAGCUCACUUUUUGGUGCAUCCGGUGUACAGAUGCUUUUUUUUUUUUUAAAGGUGUGUGAUAAUUUGUGUGCACUUUUUGGCACUACAGAAUCUUCCGUUUGUAACAGAAAAUAAUUUCAACAAGAAGGAAGCAUUAGACUUUUAUGACAAAGAAUACAUUUAAAAACAAAUGGGCGACAAACUAUAGCUGUAAUAAAGGAGAUAUGACACGAAGAUCAACUGCCAAGCAUUGAGAUAGUGUUAAAAUGUUAACCAGAUUUUUUUUUUUAUUUAGUUGGCAACAGCGUCCUUGACAUUGUUUAGCUUAUCAUGAAAAUCUCACCAAAAAAAAAAAAAAUGUAUAAAAUAAAUCAUAAAUUUGUCAUUGUAAUUAUCCACCCAUUUCCAUGCUAUUUUAUUCUUUGUUUGUCUGCUCUUAACCUUGGUUUGAGAACCGCUUAUGCAGAAUCAUUUUUAUUUUAUUCCACAUUUUACAAUUCCAGUUAUAAAUUACAAGCAAACAU